AGCGUUGGCUCGAGCGGAUCGGAUUGCGAGCGCUCGCUCUGGCCCUCGAAGCAUCGCAAUGACGCUGAAAGGUAAGCCCAUCGAGGAGCUACUGCAGAUGCAGAGCGAGGCGGUGAAGCAGGUUCUGAUGAUCAACCAGGCCAUUGCUGAGCUGCAGCGCGCGCAGCCCGAGCUCCGCGAGGUUCGGGACCGCCGCGUGAGCACCGCGAGCGUCCGCAGCAUGACGACCAAGGAGGGAGAUGGCAACCUGAAGGAGCCGCUCCUCUUCAAGCGCCAGCAUUCCCCGGGGGUGUCAGAGGGCUUUGGCAUUUUCGCCCAAGGCGCCAUGUUUCCGGACGCCGACAAGAUCAAGGACAAGGUGCGGGCCUCCCUCUUCUCGCCGGAGUUCAACCCGGAGGACAUCUACAAGACUACGGGAUGGUGCCAGCAAGUGGCGCGAAAUCAGUUCUUCAAAAACCUGACGAUGUUCGUGAUUGUCUUGAACGCAAUUUGGAUUGGCGUGGACACAGACUUGAACCCAGCCGAACUCGAGGUCAACUCACCGCUGAUUUUCCAGGUUGUGGAUAACAUCUUCUGCAUCUUCUUCUGCUUCGAGAUCACCGUGAGGUACUUCGCCUACCAGCAGCCCUGCGAUGCCUUCAAGGACUUCAGCUUCGCCUUCGACUUCUCGCUGGUACUCACCAUGAUCUGGGAGGUUUGGGUGUGCUCCAUCAUCGUGGUGUUCAUGCGUACCUCAGUGGGAGGCACCAACUUGUCGGUGCUGCGGCUGCUGCGGCUCUUCCGGCUGGUGCGCAUCGCGCGGGUGGGCAGGCUGAUGAGCUCCUGCCGCGAGCUGGUGGUCUUGGUGAAGGGCAUCGGCAUGGGCCUCCGCUCGGUGCUCUCCACCUUGUUUCUGAUGAUGGUGGUGAUCUACGUGUUCGCCAUUAUCUUCACCCAACUCUUCCGUGACACGGAAGAGGCGGAGGGCUGUUACGAGAACGUGCUGCAGUCCAUGAACUGCCUCAUGCUCAACGUGGUCUUCCCCGAGCAGCAAGAGCUCAUGCAGAGGAUGCUGCAGGUGGGCCCCACCACCUACUUGCUGGGCAUCUUCUACCUCCUGGUCACAGGGCUCACAGUUAUGAACAUGCUGAUUGGCGUUCUCGUGGAAGUGGUCUCCGUUUGCGCGCAAGUGGACAAAGAGGAAACUGCCAUGAAGGCUGUGAAGGACAAAAUCGAGGACCUGCUUCCAGCGCAAGCGAAGAAGAAUGCCAUCACCCGCGACGACUUCAUGAGCGUCAUCAUGGAUGAGGACUUGGUGCAAACGCUGUCAUCGAUUGAUGUGGAUGUCAUGUCGGUGGUGGACUAUCCAGAGAUCAUGUUCCACACCACCAAUGCCCUCUCCGUGCCCGAGCUCGUGGACGCAGUGCUGCAGUUCAGACGUACCACCUCGGUGAGCAUGAUGGAUAUCGCGCAGUUGCGGCGGUUCAUGGUGCACGAGUUGGAAAACAUUCGGGGCGCCAUGCCCCAGAAGAAUUGAGGUAGUUGGCAUCCCUCGUUGAACCGUCGAUGAAGCUGGAGUAGUACUCUUCCGGUUGACAUGGCACUACGAUUUAAAGGGGGGCCGGUUUUUCGAAC